ACAGAUAUUACAGCACUUUUCUGAUUCUUGAUUUGUGUGCAGAGCUUUUGUGAUGGAGCAGGGCCUGCAAGACAGGGUGACGGCGGCCUUUGUAAAAAAAAAAUGGGAAAACCUCAAACAAAAAUAUAAAGAUCUCAAAUGUCCAGCAACCGGUGUGAGCACUGAGGAUGGAGAGCCCACAGCAGCAUCUUGGAAGUGGUACAGGGCCAUGGAUGAGGCAAUUGGGUGCAGACCCUCCAUCGCUCCACCUGCCCUUAUUGCCUCAUCUGGCCCGGAUGUUGCUGUGGCCUCUACAUCCUCAGUGAGCCCAGCCCCAGACACAGCAAGGGCAUCAAGGAAAAGAACCCAGAAAUCAGUUGAGAAUCUGAUCAAGGAGAUGGAGGAGAGGGAAAUGACAAGAGAGCAGGAAGCAGUCGAAAGGGAGGAGAAAAGAUGGAGAGAAAUGGAGGUGAAGGAGGAGAGACGAGAACGAGACAGACAAGAGCGGGAGGAGAGACGACAUGCUGAGGACAGAGAAAGAGAAGAAAGGACUCACAACCGCAUUCUCGGAAAACACGCGCUGUAUGAACUGGACAACUAG